AGGGCCCCCGUGGUUACCGACACCACUGUCCCUGCUAUGACUCUCACCGCGCAUGAGUAAGUCAUGUUUUGACCUUUAGCUACUGCAUCUCAACUCUUCCAAGUAUGACUAUUCCCCGAGGAUGGACCACUGUUGUGCAUCCAGAAGGUACCCGCUAUUUUGUGAACCGAGAAACAAGGACAUUCACAGAGAUGGAUAUUCGUAAACGAGAUAUAUGUGAUCGCAUUGAAUAUUAUAUGGAGUAUUUGCUGGAUCAACUCCAGCGGAACCUUGAGCAAAGGAACCUCACGCUCGACAUGAGGCAGGUUGACCUUGUGGUUGAGCCAAAGGUCUACGAUGGCGAUUCUGUCGUUUGUUGCUAUUAUUUCGCCAAUCACCGUGAUAGGUGCCUCUUUUGGCUAGACGACUUCAAUCCCGAAUAUGUUACCUCUCUAUGUAAAGGCAUCAAGAGUGUCUCACAUAUAAGGCUUGCCAUUGAAGCGCAAUACUGGAGACAUUGGGAUUACUUUCCUAGCCUAUGCCCUGUUACACAAAACAUUGUCGAUGAGCUCAAGGAUAUGUUGAUACAUGCGACAUGUGAUCACUUAACAUCGUCGCAGUCUUCUUCAGCAUUUGAUGCCACCGAACUCAAGGAUCACCUUUCCGUGGUCGACGGAAUCAAGGUCCAUCCCACUCCCCCUGCGGACCAGAGUAUGCAACGAGGUCAUGCUGCCAUUGUCAUUGGCCGCAUCAUGUGUAUAUUCAUUAACAAUCACUUUAUGAAUUAUCAUGGUGAAGACUGCGUGAGACUUGCGUCUGAACAGACGGUUCAUGGUUGGAAAUAUCAACGAUCUCCGUUGAUGGUCAUUCUUGCACCCCUUCUGUUCUUUGACCCCAUGACCCACAUCCAAGAACUGCACAAGAUUUUUGUCGACGACAUUAUUAGCAUGACACGGUGGAAUCUAUUCUGUUCAAAAUUGAACGGGCAGCUCCAGGACUCCAAUCUCUUGGCCACUGUUUUGCUCAAUGCCAAUGUUGGGUUUCUCGCUAUCAACAGUGUCGACGUGAGUGGUAGAUCUCCCACUCAGGUGGCAAGCUAUAUGUCUCUUGUGGCGAGCAUGGGCAGCAUGAUCCUUGGCUUGUUGCUUGUCUCACACAAUCGAGCCAUGGGUCAAGGUGCUAACUUCCGCACGGCAACAUUUAUGUCAAGACUUCAUGAUAGAGAGCACGGGCUUGAGAAGUUGGCCAUCGGUUACAGCCUGCCAAAAGCGUUGCUCAUCUGGGGCAUGGUCUUCUUUUUCGCAGCGUUCUCUGUCAAUUGGUGGAGUCCUGGGGAUACAUCUUCCAGGGCUAUUGUUAGUACUGUGAUGCUGGUCGUCUUCGUGAUGAUGGCGUACAGCAUCAUUCUCAUCAGGAAGUCCGACCACUGGUAGAUAAACCCCUUCUCACAGCCGUCUCCCCAAGCAAACACAGACGGAUGCUGUAAUUAAUAGCACCCCUUAUUCAUCGACCUUCCAACCCAAUUCGGUCAUCCCAGCCCACUUCCGAUUAACCACGCUUACUCAGGAGCAGGAAAACUACAGUACCACAGCGGCCGGAAGGCUCUCCUUACUGACAUUUUUAUGUCGCACACAAAGCAACUUACCGUACCCUAUGUAGUAUUCGUGUAUUUAUGUAUGGAGAUUUAUUCAAUUCACGGGAGGCAUCCUUGCCAGGUUU